CUUGCAUGCAAUUUCAUACAAACCUUUGGUUCUUCAGAGUUUUAAGGGACCGAUCCGAUUUCUUCGCUCUGAUCUUUUUUCUCUCUCUAAAAAAUUUUUUCAAUCAGAGUGAACAAUUCAUACACAAAAAUCCAGCUCUCUCUUCUCUCUCCUUUUCCCCCAAGAUUCACGAGAAAGCGAUCGAAAUAGCGACCUUCCAAAAUCGAAUCCCUUAAACUGUUUUUGCAGGUCAAUUUGGUGAUAAAUCGAGCUCGUAGAAGUAGAAGUAGGGCAUUGAGAUGGAGAGGAAGACUUAUCCGAUAGGACAAGAGUUCUAUACUCUGUAUGAGGAGGUUGGGCAGGGCGUGAGUGCUGCAGUCCACCGUGCUCUGUGUAAGCCUCUCGACGAGAUCGUCGCCAUCAAGAUCCUCGAUUUUGAGCGCGAAAAUUGUGAUCUGGCUAGCAUUUAUCGUGAAGUACAGACAAUGAUCUUGGUUGACCACCCCAAUGUUCUUAAAUCACACUGCUCCUUUGUAAAUGGCCACAAUUUGUGGAUUGUUAUGCCCUACAUGGCUGGGGGUUCAUGUCUUCACAUAUUGAAGGCUGCAUAUCCUGAUGGUUUUGAGGAAGUGGCCAUAGCAACUAUAUUACGAGAAGUAUUGAAGGGCGUUGUAUAUCUUCAUAGUCAUGGACAUAUACAUCGGGAUGUAAAAGCAGGGAAUAUUCUUAUUGAUUCACGAGGCGCAAUCAAGCUAGGGGAUUUUGGUGUUUCUGCUUGCCUUUUUGAUUCAGGCGAUAGGCAACGUGCGAGGAAUACAUUCGUGGGGACACCUUGCUGGAUGGCACCUGAGGUUAUGGAGCAACUAAAUGGUUAUGACUUCAAGGCUGACAUCUGGUCUUUUGCCAUAACUGGUUUAGAGCUUGCCCAUGGCCAUGCUCCUUUCUCAAAAUAUCCUCCAAUGAAGGUUCUGAUGAUGACCUUGCAAAAUGCACCUCCAGGCCUUGAUUAUGAGAGGGAUAAAAAAUUUUCGAAGUCUUUUAAGCAGAUGAUUGCUAGUUGCUUGGUAAAAGAUCCUUCAAAACGACCUUCUGCAAGUAAGCUGCUAAAGCAUUCAUUUUUUAAGCAAGCCCGAUCAAGUGAUUACAUUGCACGUACCCUUUUGGAAGGGUUGCCUGUUCUUGGUGAUCGUAUAAAGGCACUUAAGAGAAAGGAAGAAGAUAUGCUUGCACAAAAGAAGAUGCCAGAUGGAAAGAAGGAAGAAUUGUCACAGAGUGAAUAUAAACGAGGGAUUAGUGGAUGGAACUUCAACCUUGAUGAUUUAAAGGCUCAGGCAGCUCUGGUUCAGGAAUUUGAAGAGUCCAUAAGUGAAAUCUGUGAAGUAGGGAGCUCCAAUUGCUUGUCUGCACUUGAUGUGCAAGAAAAGAAAUUACAAUGUCAAAAUUCUACAGAAAUUUCAGAUAUCGAAGAGAAUGGCAUGAUGCGGAGUCAAUCAGUUCCUUCACCCUCCAUUGACUUCAAAGCUAAUGACACAACAGAUGGUAGUAAAAAAACUAUCAAUGAUUCAACAAUUUUUGGUUCUUGCAAUCAACAUCAUUCUUCGCCCCGCAGUGAUAAUCAACACGAGAAUGGUUCCAGUGAAGAACUUCAUUUGGAGAACAGCAAAAGAACUUUGGGGAAUACUCCUAAUACUAGCCAUAGAAGAAGUAUUUCUUCUAAUAUCACUAUUCAACAAGAAGCCAAUUCACCACUAACUAAACGGGAGAGUUAUGAGAUAGAAAAGAAUGUUGCAAAUGGCGGUGUUGCAAUAGGAAUAGUUCCUCAGGCAGCGGUAGAUGACGUGCUUCAUGAAUCGCAUUCUAAAGAUUCCAAGUCAUUAAGUCCUGCAACAAAUGAUGAGGAACAGGAUGAGAAAGCAAAGGCACCAGUUAUUCAGCAGAAAGGGCGUUUCAAAGUUACUUCGGAGAAUGUUGAUGUGGAUAGGGCAGCUGGAGCCCCUAUUCUGCAAAAAAGUCACAGUAUGCAGGUGCUUACCUCGAAUUCCGCUACUACUACUUCUCUACCUUCUAAUCUACCAACACCUGCACUGUCACCACCUCUACCUUCAUCGUUGGAUGCUAUACCAAUUUAUCCUAGAUCUUCUAUGUUUCCAGUGUUGCAAUCUGUUUUGCAGGCAAAUAUUCUUCAAAGGGAUGAUAUUUUGACUCUAAUGAGGCAAGUCUCAAUCGGAGAAUUUCCAGCUGAUAGCACAGUUGAUGUCUCAACGGCACACAUAGUUGCAGUGGAGAAAUCGUUGCUUGAAGCAGCUCACGAAAGGGAGAAGGAUUUACUCAACGAAAUAACUGACUUACAGUGGAGGAUAUUACGUGCGAAAGAUGAAAUCCAGAGAUUAAAAUCAAACAAUGCUGCAGGUUAAUGGUUGAUCUAUUUAUUUGAGUUGAUAAUAUCUCUGGGGAUUUGGACCUACAUAAAGCCUUGAAAUAACCUCCUAGAUGUACAAUAUUAUAGAGAGAAAAGAAAGGUAAAAUGUCAUCAUAUUGGGUGUACUUUUGAUUGAUAUCUACUCAACAUUCUGAAUAAACAACCUUAUGUAGAUAUCUUCAUUCAUUUCUGCAAGAAGAUAGUGCAGAUUUAGUGAAAUUA